AUGACUGGAACGUUCCGCUUAAACAAGGGUGAAGUCAUUCCGAUACUCGUUGGUGAAGAAGGAGGAAUAAACACGCACUCUUACUCUUCUGGAGGUGGUGGAGGAACGUUUGUUGUGAGAGGAGCCAACUCACCUUUGAUAAUAGCUGGAGUCGGAGGAAGGGUAAAUAGAGCUGAGUCAAGACAUGAAGGAUGUGACGCCAGCACAAACACAACAGGGAAUCCUGGAUAUAAGUCAUGGUCAGGAGGGGGGGGGGGGUACAAUGGACAUGGUGCACAUACUGCUGAUAAUGGUGCUUCAGGUGGUGGUGAUGGUGGCGGGUUUUACUCCAGUGGAAGAAGUGGAAAGAAUUUUAAUGUAACCAAAGGAUAUGGUGGAGAAGGUGAUGGUAGUGGUGGCGGCGGGUUUUUCUCCAGUGGAAGAAGUGGAAAGUAUUUUAGUGGAACCAAAGGAGAGGGUGGAGAAGGUGGUAAGGGAUUUAAUCAGGGAGGGGUGGGUGGAAGAGCUAGGUAUUACGAUGUCGAUGGUGGGUUUGGUGGAGGUGAUGGAGCUGAUGGAUGA